AUGGAGAACCUUUCCGGAGAGUCUGUGGAUGAGCUACGUGACAGACUGAAAAACAUGAGGAAAUUAAUGAGUGAGCGACAAAGUACAGUCAAUAUUCACGAGGGAAGAAGAUCAACCAACAUCGGGCUCAUCGACGGGAGUUUUCUGAGUGUAGUUUUUGGAAUAGCUUUACUGGUCAUCGUUACUGUCAGUAUAUACGCUUUUUACAAUCUCUAUUCCGCUAUCUCGAAAAGAUUUCCACACCCCCACGAGGAGUUGUGAGUUUUUUUCGUACCCGUGGAAUGUUAUUUCAACAGAAAUGUUCAAGUUUCAUACACAAUGUCAUUUAUUGAAAUACAAAUUCAUGACAUGA